UGCUUGCGGAUGGACACAGCAUACUCGACUAUAUAGACAUCCUUGUCUAUGACUCUUUCCGUGGGCUCAUUAAUGACAAGCCACCUGAGUCAAUACUUCCACCAUUGGCGUCGGAUCUCAUCACUGCAAGCAAAACUUAAAAUAGGGAAGACCUUCUGGUUCUUCGUUCUUCUAAUCCCCGAAGCAGGCAUCUUCUUCAUCUUCGGGCGUUGCUACAUGCCCAUCACCUUGAUCAUGCCCUAGCUGUCAGAGGCUAAAAGAUUCCUCUACGGUCUAUCUUUUGUCUGCACUCAAUGCUGACUUUGAUCCCUUCCACAGUAGUCUCCCAGCAAGCAAGUGGACUAAAUUCUCGAGCCUGAAAUGGUGGCUGAAUCGAUCUCCGAGGCAGAAGAAUUAUAUAUAGCUGCAGUCCAUGUCGGGCGAGGGACCAUAAGAGGUGGAUGCGAUGCGAGAUAAUUUAGUCCACAAGGCAGCUGGGCAGAUACCAGCUUUGAUAGAGGGCUUGAAGAGGAAGAGGGGCAGGAUGAGCACCGGUGCGCGGAAGAGGAGAAGCAGCUCAUUUUUGUCCCUUGGCUGUGGCUGUACCGACUCCAAAUCGGUCUCGGUGUCAGGCAGCUUCGGCAGCAAGUCUACGUCGACUCUGCCACCGGCGCGCAGGGUCGCGGAAUUCUCUUCUGCGGAUACCAUCACCCUCACCUCCGGAUCCUCGUCUUUCUACGAGGAGGAGGAUGUGGAGGUGAAGAUGGAGAGAUCCACGAGCACGCCGAGCUUUUCGGAGCUUCUACGCCAACUCAACGAAUUGGAGCAGAGCGUGAUCGCUUGCGGGAGCCACGCUCCCCUGUCCAUCGAUGGCAAAAGAGAUGAGAAGAAGGGGAAUCGGUGGAGCAGCGGCCAAGGAGGGCAAGGACUGGAGGACAGCAUCGUGGUGAAGGAGACGGAGGACCCGCUCGGGGAGUUUCGGCGGUCGAUGCUGCAUAUGAUCGUCGAGAAGGAAAUCGUGGAUGGUGCGGAGUUGAGGGAGCUGCUCCGCCGUUUUCUUGCGCUCAAUUCCCAGCGGCACCAUCGCACCAUCCUCCGUGCGUUCGCCGAGAUAUGGGACGACGUGUUCUCCGGGUACGAGCAGACCCCCGAUCUUCUCCGCCAUGGCUACUCCGGGCUUCCACCUCGCCGGCAUUUCUGAGAUGCAGAAGCAGAGCCACAACCAAAAGCUACAUCCAUCCAUCUAGAUUAGUUUACAUAAAAUAGAAGACACAACUCCUUAGCAGACAGGACAAACGAAUUCAACAUCUUGGUCUCCACAGAACGGCACUAGUUUCAAUCGACCCUUCAACACGCCAAUGCUCUGGUGGCGACGCUUAUCUGCACGACGUAGGUUUAGUUGACUUUUAGGUGCUGCCUUGUGAUUUCACGCUUCCUGAUGGACUUUUAGAGUGCAAAUGCGAGCUGGAAGCAUGGAGCUGUGGAAGGGAUGCUAAGCUUCGCUACGGUUUGCUCCCUCGGGCAAAUGUAAGUGAGCUCUCGCGAUCAGUUCACCUACCACACAUCAAUGCAACCGGUUUCCAGUGGAAGCAUCGAAAGGUUCCUUCGUUAAUGGGCCAAUGGGUCUUUCCUGCGACGUACGUCUCAUGAACGUGAUGGGUCUGAACUCGGUGCUGACAACUCUUCCUCCGUCGAUGCAUCUACUACCUUUCUUGCAUCAACGGCGGAAUCAAAUACGAUCAUAAAUCUGGUCAGUAGAAUGUUAUUUUCAGCUUUUGCAGCCGAUUGUAUGGAUAAUCAU